AUGAAUGGAUUUGAAAAUGAUGAUAUGUCUUAUAAUCCACGUAUCAUUCAAGCUCAUAGAAGUGAAUUGGCUUCAAUUGCACUCAAUUUUACUGGUAGUCUCUUAGCAACUGCUUCAAAACGAGGCACUCUAAUUCGUAUAUUCUUAACAACAGGUUUAUGUGAAAAAAUCGUCGAAUUUCGACGCGGUUCCGAUACGGCCGAUAUUUAUAGUCUUGCAUUUAGUUUCGAUUCCAGUUUCCUAUGUGUGUCCAGCGAUAAAGGCACCAUGCAUAUCUAUGGUAUUCGAGAUUCGAAAUCCAACCGAAUGGUCGCUUUGCCACAUGUCCUCAACGAAGCUUAUGGUGAUCUGUGCAACUUUAAAGUUGAUAACGAAUGGGCAUGCAUUUGUGCAUUUUCCGAUCCGAAUCAUGUGGUUACAGCCAGUGUCAAUGGUACAUUUCAUAAACAUAUCUUUACGUCAGAUGGUAAAUGCAAUCGAGAAGAGUACGAACUUUAUUUAGACGGUAUUGAUGGGUGUGAGUUUUGA